ACAGACUAGGUGGAUUUUAAACUUGGUUGUUUCAUGUGGACCACGUAAAGCUAUGACUCAAUCAGAGACUAAGCUGUGCUCCCUACUAUUGCAAGAACACUUUGGAGGGAUUGUGGACAGAGUUGGAACCUAUCUUAUCAGGAAUGGUGGCCAACCUCUCAGACUGAUUGCAAGUGACACAGAAACUUCCCUCGAUCAGGUAAAGAAAGCUCUCUGUGUCCUUAUUCAGCAUAAUUUGGUUACCUACCAGCUGCACAAACGUGGCUUUGUGGAAUAUAACUCACACAAUGACCGUUGCUUGCGCAUCCUACGGUAUCCACGGUACAUCUACACUGCUAAAACUUUGUAUGGAGACACAGGAGAACUGAUCGUUGAGGAACUGUUGCUCAAUGGGAAGAUGACGCUAAGUGCAGUGGUGAAAAAAGUGGCAGACAGAUUGACAGAGACUAUGGAAGAUGGGAAGAGCAUGGAAUACAGCGAGGUAUACGCCACAUUCACUCGUCUCGCAGACACACAUUUUAUUCAGCGGUGUGAAGCACUUGCCGAGAGUAGCAUCUCAUCACAAAGCACAGAGAAGCGUCCACCUCUCGUGCCCACUUUGGUGAUUAAUGAAAAAGAAAUGUACAUUAUUCCAAAACUAAAUAUGAUUGGUAGGGGUAAGAGACGCAGGUCGUCUGAAGAGGAGGAGGGCAGUCAGGCUAAGCGUCAGAAAAAGGAUGAAGAUACAGAGUCAAACCAAGAUGAUGGUAUCUACUGGCAAGCAAACCUAGAGCGCUUCCACCAGCACUUCCGAGACCAAGCCAUUAUCUCUGCCGUAUCCAACAAAAUGGACCAGACUAGUAGUGAAAUAGUCCGGACAAUGCUGAGGAUGAGUGAGAUCACCACAUCUUCCAAUGCAGCAUAUACGCAGCCGCUGUCCUCCAAUGAGAUCUUUAAAUCACUACCCACAGGAUAUAAUAUCUCCAAACAAGUACUUGACCAGUAUCUGACUCUGCUGGCUGAUGACCCGCUGGAGUUUGUCGAGUCUGGAGACAGCGGAGGAGGGAUGUUUGUCAUUAAUCUGCACAAGGCUGUAGCAUUACUGGCCACUGCUAACUUGGAAUCUAUUGUUCAGGAGAGGUUUGGCUCACGUUGUGCCAGGAUUUUUCGCCUCCUCCUGCGCAAGAGACAUUUGGAGCAGAAGCAAGUGGAAGAUUUUGCUAUGGUCCCUGCAAAAGAAGCCAAAGAAAUGCUGUACAAGAUGCUGUCACAGAAUCUUGUAUCUUUGCAAGAAAUCCCCAAAACACCAGAUCAUGCCCCAUCUAGGACAUUUUAUCUGUAUGCAGUAAAUACGCUCUCGUCUGCUCGGAUGCUGUUGCAUAGAUGCUAUAAGACCGUUGCCAACUUGAUUGAACGGAGGCUGUACGAGACCAAAGAGAACAAACGUCUUCUGGAGAAAUCCCAGAGGAUAGAGGCCAUUCUUGCAUCUAUGCAAGCCACGGGAGCAGAAGAAGCUCAGCUUCAAGAAAUUGAAGAGAUGAUUACUGCACCUGAACGGCAGCAGCUCGAGAACCUGAAAAGAAAUGUUAACAAAUUGGAUGCCAGUGAAAUUCAAGUGGACGAGACCAUUUUUAUUUUGGAAUCUUACAUCAACAGCACACAGACCAAAAUCUGACAGGAGAUACCAGAGCUUCAGAAAGCCUUUACUACACCUUCUGUCUCACAUAUUGUGGACUAAGGGGCGCAAAAAAUAAAGAAAAUAGAUAAUUAGCCAGAGUCUUAUAUGGAUUAAGAGGAACUAAAGUGCUGAGACGAAGCAGAUGUGUAACACCAUAAAAAUAUCAUCCUAGAAAUCUCAAAUACUUGAGGUAUUGGGGUCAAAUCUAUAUAUUUUUUAAAAAGUGGUUAAACCAAAGGCUUUUUUGCAAACAUGACAACAGUUCAGAAUCUUCUCCCACUGGGGUUACAAUUUGUAACAAACAUUUCUUCUAAUAAUGUGUUGCAGGUACACAGGAAUUAAUCUCUAGGUAUAUUAUGAUGAGAACUAAGAAAUAAACCACCUCAUGGGAUUCCUGUACCAUUUGGAGCCUUCUCUGUCUACAAAAGAUAAGGCUUAGUAAAUUAAAUACCAUCUCAGGGAUUGCUCUGGCUCCAAGCUGAUGCAAUUAUUAUCUACAGACCCUUUACAAACAAAGAUCCCUCUCUUAAUCGUGCAGAAUUAGCUUCUUCCACCACAAAAAAUGUAUGUGGUUGAAUAAUCAAAAGUUUUACCUCCACACAAAAAAUAUGAUGUGCUUUCAAUGUUAUUUUAAUACAGUAAGAUCAAUCUAAUUAAAAAUAUUAAAAUAGCCUUAAAAGAAAAGCACGUCCUAGAUACUUGUCACAACAGAAGCUUUAUACUUUCUCUCAGCUCUGGCGUUAAUUUUUACUACUCUCGUGGCAUGCCUUGACCAGACCACAGCAGAAAAACAGCUGUAUACCAAUGACUGCAGCAAUGUACGUUUUGAAAGCCAACUUUGUUGUGAAGAAGAGCAGAGACUGUGAGCAGCAGUGACAGAAAGUGAUGUUGAACCUGAACUGCUAGGGGUCCCUGCGUGGGCCCUAAACAUAACACUGGCACAUUUUUCUUUUUUUUUUUUGUCUUUUUUUUUUGUCUUCAGGUCUGGACUUUAAAAGACUGCAGCAAGUCAGACAAUGUACCCAAAAAUCUAACUACACAAAUUAUUAGUAGUUCCAUUGGCUUAUAUGGUUCCAUAUUUGAGCCCUAUUGGGGACCUUUAACCUUUUUAAUAAUCACAGAGAAAUACCUUACAACUUUGGUAUCAUAUUGGGCAGACAAAGGUUUUCAGUAUAACACUGUUUGAACAUAUUUAUUAAAUGUAUUAUUAUUUGACUAAAAACAAUAGAAAUUAAAUGGCAACAAUCGUUAAUGCCUUUUUUAUGUUCUCAUUUAAAUGUAUAAGAUGCAUUCAAUUUCUUGGUUUAUUACCUCACUUAAUGAAAAACAGAGACUGUUUGCAAGGAAACCUGUAUCAUGAAUAUACUGUACAUUAUUAGAGGUGAAUUCUUCAUUUAGAAUAAAGUUGUUGAAAUCUUUGAGGUAAA